AUGGACACGUAUGGCGUAGAUCCAAAUUACUAUUAUACGGCACCUGGCAUGGCGUUCGACUGUGCGCUAAUAAUUACGAAGGUGGAAGUCGAACUGUUAUCCGAUUACAAUAAAGUUCUAAUGAUGGAAGCGGGCAUCCGUGGUGGACUAACACAAGCUGUGAAACGAUAUUCAAAAGCCAACAACAGUAAAGUUCCUGGCUAUGAUUCUUCAAAACCGGAAUCAACGAUUGCUUAUUUGUACGCCACGAAUCUGUAUUUAUUAUCAAUCAUAUUAUUAUUAUUAUUAUUUAUUUCAUUUAAUUUAAUUUUUUCUAGGUACGGCUGGGCUAUGAUGCAGUGUUUACCAAAUAAUGGAUUUGAAUGGUAUGACAAAGACUUGAGUACAGAAAAUAUUUUAAGAUUAUUAGAUGGAAUGGACGAUAUUUCUCCGGUAGGGUUAAUCUUGGAAGUAGACGUCACAUAUAUAACGUAAUUACACGAUGAUCAUUACAUACUGUCAUUUAAUAUUUUGUUUGUUAUUCUCAGAUUAGAAAUCAUCUUAUUUUGGAUGCCUUCCAAAGUUCUUCCAAACACAUCCAUAGCUAACGUACGACUAACGUUAUUUUUUAACAGUAUUUCUAUUUAUCCAACUAUUGUGACUGUUAUCGAAUCCAAGCCACUUGACAAAAACUCUUUAUCCUUUGGUACGGAUCACUUUUUCGAUUAA